AUGGCGGAUGGGCCAACUUUGAUGACUUCCAGCAAACUCACGAGAAUUAUUUACUCCAAUACCUGGCUCACAUACCACGAUCUCAACAACCUCGUCGAACGCGGCGGUGAUCUUUGGUCAAACCUAAAUAUCAACCUAAGCAAGAACGACAGGUACAGCGACCCAUCCUCUUCUCGUUGCUCCUCUUCCAGAUAUGCUGACCCCGAUACAACAGCAAAGUUCACGCAGGCGGCUAGUCUCAUCGAACCGCCUAGAGCUCAAGGUGUUAUGGUCUGGAUACCUGCCGGUGACUCUCCCGGCCUCCUUGUGUACCUUGGAGGUAUUUUUGACCCUUAUGGGAACAACACUGAGGCUCCUCAGGCAUUUGACGAAGUGUUCGUCUUUGAUGCCAAGCGAAACUCUUGGUCAAACCAGAAGACGACUGGUGAGAUAUCACAGAACAGGCGUCAGUUCUGUGUCGAUGUGGCGUGGGUGCAAGACAAUCCUUCCUUCAGCAUAUACCUCUGGGGAGGAUUGAGCGUGCAAACACCCGUUAUCAAAGCAACCUUGUUCAACGCCACCUACAUCCUGACCCUCCAAUCGUUCAUCUGGGUGAAGGCAUACCCUGGCCAUCGCGGAAAUGCUACCCUCCCACCAGAGUACGAUCACUACAGCGCACCAUGCAACAAGUCCAACACAUGUCGCAACUCUUUGUCAUCGGAGGCUACCUACACCGACACAAACGCUUGCGAUCCAGCGGGCAACAACGAAACGUACUGGGCUAUCUAUAAUCCCAACAUCACUAAUAAAGUCGAGCUAGUCGAUGCGUACAACAUCACAGGUGGAAACAAGAAAGGGGCUGUGGAGCUGGUGGCCACCAGGGAUAGAUUCCAUGAGGUAACAAGCCGCUCCAAGGCUUGCUGGGACGUAGGCCCGGAAUAG